AUGAUUACGAUAGAUCCAAACUUCAACAAGAAUAAGCUGAAGUUGAUGAAAAUGGCUACAGAAUUAGUGGCUACUACUGUCUUAACACAAUGGUAUGCAAUAGAGACGCAAGAUGGACUGGUCUCGAUACUUUGGUAUCCAUUUCAAGAGAGUAAAGAGUAUGGCGUUGCUGUUCACGUUUGUACAAUGCCACGACCAAAGUGUCUUGCAUCAACGGUGUUGGUCUAUGGAGAAGGACGAAAGAAUGCUCGAUGCAAACACACGCAAUGGAUCAAGGACCGAGUGCCAAUCGAAAAUUACAUGGAACACUUGAUCCAGACGCGUGGUGAGUCAAUUCAUGAGGUUUUGUUGAGUGAAGCAGCCGAGGGAGAUGAGAGAUUGCUGCUAGAAGGCCUGAUCACGAACUUUUUUGUUGUGAAAGACGGACAAUUGGUCACGGCGGGUACAAAUGUUUUGGAAGGAAGUACAAGGGAGUUAGUGCUGAAAGCCUGUCGUGAUUUAUCCAUUCCGGUGGUUUUUCAGGCCCCAAAGCUUUCAGAGCGGCAUUUGUGGCAGGCAGCAUUUGUUACAAGCGCGGUUCGUAUAGUGGUUGAUGUCACGCGUUUGUUGUGCGAAGAAAAACAUGGAGAGCAUGUGGUACUUCAAGAGACCUUGAUUCCUAGCGACAAAAGUGAGUUUACAAAGAGAAUUCGAGACCAGAUAUUGAUGCAGCGUAUGUAUCUCAAGUAA